UCUCGUGAAGAAGUCAGUCAGCUCGAAUUGCUCCUAAAAAACCCGAAUUUCUUAAAUCAGCGACAACAUUUCGUGUGACUUUGGCAUCGCCGCGUGCAAAAAUAUCAAGUGGUGCAUCCGAUACGACAGGAAUUAAAUGUCGCAUCAUGUAUUUUUAUAAGCAAAAUCUUUUGCAAAGUUCCCAACUCAAACGAUUGUCCGACCACAAAUAUUCAUGCCAAAAUAUCUCGCUUCUAGACAAAUAUUUACAACCAUGGUGGAAUUUCUUGGUCAGCAAAACACCGCUCUGGCUCGCACCGAACCUCAUCACGAUCGUCGGUCUCAUAGUUAACAUAUUGACGACACUGAUUCUCGUCUAUUACAGUCCCGAUGGUCGUCAGGAACCCCCUAGAUGGGCAUGUUUCUUGUGUGGCUUCGGAUUGUUCAUUUAUCAGAGCUUGGAUGCCAUCGAUGGAAAACAGGCACGUCGUACAAACUCCUCAUCGCCCCUUGGAGAACUCUUCGAUCACGGUUGCGAUUCGAUUUCAACAGUUUUUGUCGCCGUUUCUGCUUGCAUUUCGGUGCAACUUGGUUUCUAUCCGAAAUGGAUGUUCUUUCAAUGUUUUUGUGCAAUGAUCCUCUUCUACUGCGCGCAUUGGCAAACAUACGUCUCCGGAACACUGAGAUUCGGUAAAGUCGAUGUGACGGAAGCUCAAUGUGCAAUCAUUGCGAUCCACAUGAUAUCAGCUAUUUUUGGCCCAUCGAUAUGGAUGACGAAGAUCGUUGGUCACUUUCAAUACUGGAAUUUCAUGGCGUUAGCGACAAUUGUGUGCAGUUCGUGGGCCUUGUCAUAUUUUUUCAGUGUCAUUCGGGCAGGAGGCAUUGGAAAAAAUGGCUCAACAGUUGCCGGAACGAGUGUCAUCUCUCCAGUGAUACCUUUUUCGCUGGUAGUUGUUCCAGCUUUCAUCAUUUCGCAAAAGUCAACCAUUCAAAUUUAUGAGCAACAUCCCGCGUUGUACAUUUUGGCCUUUGGAAUGGUUGCUGCUAAAGUAACAAAUCGUCUUGUGGUUGCCCACAUGACAAAAAGUGAGAUGGAGUACUUUGAUUGGGGACUCAUCGGUCCAUUAUUCCUCUUUUUAAAUCAAUAUUUUAACAAUUUCUUACCCGAGUACUUUGUCUUGUGGUUCGCUAUGAUUUGGUGCACAAUUGAUUUGUGUCGUUAUUCCUCACAAGUUUGUCUUGAAAUAUGUGACCAUCUCCAUAUCAAUCUAUUUCGAAUUCCGUACCCACCCAAGCCAGUCACCUAUUCGCAAGGUACAAAUGUGACGUCGCACCAUCGAAAUGGAACAAGUAGUUCGUCCAAUACAAGCCAAUCAAGCGGCAGUCCACAAUCGCAGGUGCAUCGAAAGCAGACACGCAGUAGCAGUAAGACACUACAACAGCAUUAAGUUUUCUCGGGAUAAUUAUGGAAAAAAGUAUAUAAAGAUAUAUUUAAGAUAAAGAUACAGAAGAAAUAAUAAAAAUAUGUAAAGAAAUGUCGAAAGCCAAAAAAAUUGCAAAAAAAAAACAAAUGUUGCAAAGCAAGUUUACAUGAAGUAGAAUAAUAAACAUUUUAAUAGACAAGUACUUUAAGUAGGUUUUUUUUGUGUAGGCAAUACCUAAUAAUUAAUUAAUUAUUAAUAUUAUUAAUGAAAAGUCAUCAUUGUAAUGAAUACAUACGAAAAUAUUUAUUUAUUUUAAACAAAUAUUAAUAAAUCUAAUUAAAUUUAACUAUAUUAUUUCAAAAAGGAUAAGGAAUACUGUACUACCUAAAAAUCGAACACUAAAAUUUACGCUUUUUUGUUAUUUUCCUAUUACAAAUAGGUAAUUAUAUUAAGUAAUGUUUAAAAUUUUUUGGCUUUAUAUUAUGUUCCCAAAUCUAAAUUCAUUAUUUGCAGUAGCUCCUCCAAAUAAAUCCUUGUCAAUUUUCUUUUAAUUCUAAAUGGUAUUAUAAGUUAUUGUCUCGGAUAAGAAAGGAAAGGAUAAGAUAAUAAUUAGAUUUGUGAUGUAAAAUAUGUCUAAAAUGUAAAUAAAUGUAGCGGUACGGAUCGAUUUAUGUCUUAAGUUGUUUAAAAAAAUGAUAUUUUGUAUUAUUAUUUUGAACAUAAUGAGCAUAAAUGUAACCAAUUUCAUUCAGGAACGAAGAAAAAUAAUGUUACAAGUUUUGUUAAUUUUAAUGGUUGAGUUGUUGACAUUAUAGUUUA